AUGAUUGAUUUCCUGCAGAAGGAGGAUUUUGAAUUACCUGUUGAUCUAAGCCCCAUCUUCUUUUGUGAACAGCUUUCUCAAUCUCUCCUUGGCGUUGUGGUUAAUUUGCUUCUACUGAAAUGUGUGUCCUUACUACGGCUAAACAAAGCAAUGGCAGCAGCUGUGUCUACCUGGAAGCUGAUCUUCUCCAACCUGCUUUGGUUACUGGCACCUGGUGUUAUUGUCGCAGUGGCCCUCUCCGGUCUCCGCAACUUGAUCUUUCAUUCAUUCCCAUUUACCAGUAUCACUAGAUCUGCUCAUUUGCUCUUCACUGGUUUCUUUUGCAUGAGCCACUUUGGUAACAUUUACCUCCAAGCCCAAGUCCCAUCAAUAAUUUAUUUUGGAGCUAUAUUGUGCACUAUGAUUCCAUUUAAUGCUACGGUAAUUGUCACCCUUACCUUUUUUGUGAAACAAAGAAAGAAAACUAAAAAAAGAAAACAUUUACUGACUGUCUUUGAGCUGAUCUCUUAUGUCAAAGACAAGGCUUUACUCAUUAUUGGCAAAGCCAGUCACAAGUCAACUGACCAUCAUGUCCACUCUAAUAGGUUUUACUUAGCAGAGUUUGAGGAUCUCAUGGAUGAACUGUUGUUUCAUCUCUGCACUAUGUCAGACAGUCUCCACAACACCCUGCCAGCAAAAGAAAAUCUAUUUGAAACCCAGAGUAAUUUCUCUGUGCCGCUUUCUGGGCAUGUUUAUAGCUCAGACUCAGAGAGUGUAAUUUUUGAUGGACCGGGGAAGAAACACGUAGGAUGCCUGGAUAUCAGCAGUGCCUCAUAUAGGGAAAACACUCACAGAACGUCUCAGUACUUACAAGACAGAGGAAGAACGCAGGAGGAGAGUUUUUCAAGAGGGCCGAGGAAUUUCAGAAACUGCCUCAAAGAUCCAAUCAGAGAGUCAGAAGGGACUGGACAGGGCCAAAUUAUUUCUUCAAUCAAGCAGACCCAUUGUGCACCAGCUGAAUGGAAGGACAAAGUGUACAUUAAAUCAUCAAUUCUGCCUGAUCCAAGCAGGUUGGCAGAUGAGCAUAAUUUUGCCAUCAAGACACAAAUCAUGACUCAAAAGAUGAGAAGGCACACUCUUCUAACCUCAUCAACUUGCGAAGUGAACAUGGGUCAUCAUACAGCACAUGGCAAGCGAGCUGGAGAGCCAUGUGUGUUUAAUACAUCUUUAAUUGAGGGAAUGGACAAUUCUGUACAAGGGCAAACAAUUAUUCCAGGGUUCACUGAACAAUGUAUGUAAUACAAGAAAAAAGAGCUGUACAGUUUUGCUGUUUCAUUCCAAGAAGAGAAUUAGCAUUU